AUGUCUACUAAUAACUGGGCCGAUGCGGGUGCUGCGCUUCCCGAGCCAGAAGUCAUUGACAACAACGACGGAACUAAGACGGUCAUUUCGUACAAGUACAACGACCAAAAGAAGAAGGUCAAGGUCACACAGAGGAUCAAGUUUGUCAAAACUACCGAGACUAUCAACACUGCCGUUGCUAGACGGAUGAAGUGGGCCAAGUUUGGUCUUGAGAAGGAGAACGAAAAUAAAGGUCCUGAUUUCACUACAACGACUGUUACGGAGGCUGUCAAGUUGACGCUUUCCACCACUUGGAAGGCAGACGAGGAGAAGGAACAAGAAAUUGCCAAGAAGUCGACCACCACUUCGGCAUUCAAGUGUAGAUUCUGUGGUAAUACUGGCCAUUACUCUGCCAAGUGUCCAUACAAAGAUACGCUUGGUAUGGCCGGUAUGCUCAAGCCUGCUGGUGGUGAUUCCCUACCUGCUAAUGCACCGCCUCCACAAUCCACUAACUCCAGGUACGUCUUGCCACAUAUGAGGGCAGGAGCUAAGCCGAUUGUCCCUGCUUCAGAGGUGCCGGCUUUGAGAGUUACCAACUUGAAUGCUGCAAUUGAUAGGGAUAUGUUGAGAAUGAUUGUCUCCAAAUAUGCCGAAGGUGAACCUGUUGAGAGAGUGUCUAUUUUGAGAAACAGAGAUACUGGUGAGCCUAUUGGUGUUGCCUUUGUGAACAUGACCACCAUGAGAGGUGCAGAGCUCGUCAAGGACGCCCUCGAUGGUAAGGGUUUGAUGAAUAUGAUCAUCUCUGUCGACUUUGCAAAGCCAAAGAAAUAA